AUGAGAGCCAAAUUUUUGGUGCUCCACCCCUCGGCGGAUAUCGACAAAGUUGUCGAAAAAGCAAACUUACAGGGCACAAAGAAUGGUGCUUUUGACGCAGUCUUGCUUUUGGGAGAUGUGGUAUCCACUCCAAAAACAAAAAUAGAUCAGCCAACUUACUUCACUAAAGGUCCUUCAGACUCCUUCAAAGACAAAUUGAGUACUCCAUCCGACACCUCCAUAGACAUAAAGCCCAACUUGACCCUAGUCCAGCCUCCGUUUUCAGUUUUGACUCUUUCUAGUGGAGUAAAAAUUGGGUACCUUUCCGGACAAGAUUUCGAUGCUGAAAAGGUCACUGAAAAAUUGGAUUCAAUAACAGGAACAAUUGACGUUUUGGUGUCGUACAAGUGGCCCAAGGCAAUCGCAGCGCGUGAGAAGCUCAUUUUGGUCGCAGACUCCAAUAUUGAUAAAGUUGUGAGUCGUUUAAGACCUCGGUACCAUUUUGCGAUUGGCUCACCAACCUCGAAAUUUUUCGAAUUGGCUCCAUUUAAAUGGGAAGACAAUACUACAACCCGAUUUAUUAGCUUGGGUCAAGAAGGGACUGGGGAAAAGUGGUUUUAUGCUUUUGGAAUCGAUCCACAAAUGCCUGUGGCUGUUCCUGAUUCUCACCUUAUUGCUAAUCCAUUUACAACUUUACCGCCUCAAUUGCAUGAGGAACGCAAAAGACAAUUGGAAACCAUUGAUGGAGGUUCUUCAAAACGAGCGAAGGCAGUUGGUCCCGAAUCCUGUUUCUUUUGUCUUUCCAAUCCUAAUGUCGAAAAACAUAUGAUUGUCUCGAUCGGUAAAUCCGCAUAUCUCACCACCGCCAAAGGGCCACUUCCCAAGCCUACCAAAGACAUACCCUUUCCAUGCCAUGCUAUCAUUAUACCCAUAGACCACGUUUCCACCCUUCGUUCACCAAAAACAAAUGUGGUGGAAGAUGCAACCUACUUGGAAAUGAAUCGGUUCCGGCUGUCUGUGGUUGAUGCAUUGGCUGAAAAAUACCCACUGUAUGUGCUUAUAUCUUUUGAGAUUAACAGAGCAGAUAACGUUCACCUGCAUGUCCAACUUUUGCCCAUCCAUUCGUCACUUUUGGAAACUUUCGAAGCAGAACUUGAAUCCAAAACUGCUCUCAAUAAUGAAAAAUUUCAACGAAACCAAAAUCUCAAAUUUGACAAAUAUACUUCUGAUUCCGACCCACAGCUCUUGGAUACUAUCAACAACUAUGACCACAUUGUUUUCCAUGUCUUUUCUUCGCCAAAAACCAUAUACGCUGCUAGAUUGACCGACCCAACCAAAAUGGUUGAUUUGCAAUUUCCACGCCGAGUGUUGGCGGCUACAUUAAAGUGCCCAAAAAGAGCCCGUUGGGACAAGUGCAAGCAGAACAAGAUCCAAGAAACCGCUGAUUGCGAGGAUUAUAAGAGUUUUUUUGAGACCCAUGAUUUUACAAGAGAUUAG